UGCCAGCUCUGCUUGUCAGGAAUGUCAUCAUAGUUGGCCUCACCUUGAGGGAGGAGAAAUUUUGGAGGGAGGGCUGCAGUGGGGUUUGUCUCCCAACACCCCAUCAUGAGGAUAUAAAAGAGGCACCGGGGCAGUGAAGGCACAGCUAUCUUCUCUUGCCAAGCUGCAAAACUGACCUUUGCUCCUUCUCGUGCCUCAGCCAUGGCCACUUCCUUCGUGAGCUCUUCCUCCACCUACGGGGGCGGCUUUGGGGGCGCUGGGGGCAGCAGCUCUCGCCUGUCCUCGGUGCGUGCCGGAGGCUCCUACCGGGCCCCGAGCAUCCACGGCGGCUCCGGCGGCCGCGGCGUCUCCAUCUCCUCGGCCAGGUACGUCUCCUCUGCAGGAGGAGGCUGUGGCUUUGGGGGCAGCUAUGGAGGAGGCUUUGGAGGGGGGGCAGUCUGUGGCUUUGGAGGGGGCUCUGGCUUUGGAGGGGGGGCAUCCUGUGGGUUUGGAGGGGGCUCUGGCUUUGGUGGAGGAUUUGACCUCGGUGCUGGCUUUGGUGGCGGCGAUGGCCUCCUCUCUGGCAAUGAGAAGAUAACCAUGCAGAACCUCAACGACCGCCUGGCCUCGUACCUGGACAAGGUGCGAGCCCUGGAAGAGGCCAAUUCAGAUUUAGAAGUGAAAAUCCGAGACUGGUACCAGAAACAAGCUCCCACCAGCCCCGCCCGUGACUACAGCAAUUAUUACAAGAUAAUUGAAGAUCUCCGAGACAAGAUCCUUGCUGCUACCAUUGACAAUUCCCGGGUCAUUCUGGAGAUUGACAACGCCAGGCUGGCUGCUGAUGACUUCAGGCUGAAGUAUGAGAACGAGCUGUUCCUGCGCCAGAGCGUGGAGUCCGACAUCAACGGCCUGCGCCGGGUCCUGGACGAGCUGACCCUGUCCAGAGCUGACCUGGAGAUGCAGAUUGAGACUCUGAAAGAGGAGCUGGCUUACAUGAAGAAGAACCAUGAGGAGGAAAUGAAAGAGUACUCGAACCAGCUGAGUGGAACAGUCAAUGUGGAAAUGGAUGCAGCUCCUGGCAUCGACCUGACCAGAGUUCUGGCUGAGAUGAGGGAACAGUACGAAGCUCUGGCUGAGAAGAACCGUAAGGAUGCUGAGGCCUGGUUCUUCACUCAGACCGAUGAGCUGAACCGUGAAGUUGCCACCCACACCCAACAGAUACAGACCAGCAAGUCAGAGAUCACAGAACUGCGCCGCACCCUGCAGGGGCUGGAGAUCGAGCUGCAGUCCCAGCUCAGCAUGAAAGCCGGGCUGGAGGCCAACCUGAGGGACACAGAAGGGCGAUACUGCGCGCAGCUGGCUCAGAUCCAGGCUCUCAUCACCAGCGUGGAGGAGCAGCUGGGCGAGCUGCGCUGCGACAUGGAGCGCCAGAACCAGGAGUACAAGAUGCUCAUGGACAUCAAGAGCCGCCUGGAGCAGGAGAUCGCCACGUACCGGCAGCUGCUGGAGGGGCAGGACUCGCAGUUGACAGGACUGAACCCCAAGGAUGCAUUUGGAAGAGGUCUGCGCUCUGGUGCAGAAGAUGAUGGAAAAUCUACUUCUACCCGUGACAGGAGAUUCUAGUAAAGAAAUACUGAAUCCCCCGUGGACCAGUGCAGCCUCCACACUGGCUAAUGCUGAGAGAAAGAGUCUUUCACUUCCCCAAAUCAAAAGAAUGUAUCCAAGAAUGUCUUUCCUUAGAUUUGCUCUGACUUUGUGUGAGCACUGGCUGGCUGGGUUGGAGAUGCCAAGCCUGUUUUCUGCUGGUGCUCUGUUGUGUCCUAACAAUAAAGUUUCUGUUCUGCU